CCUGGGGGUCGCGCGUCCCCGGUGACCACCGCCUGGGUCUGCGCGACCUCAGGCCGCCAGAUCUGGCGGUCCGGAGGCCAGAUCUGGCCUCUGCGACCGUAGACGACGGCGUUGCCUGAGGUCACGACCUCAGGCGGCCAGAUCUGGCCGUCCGGCAAUUAGCCGGUGGUUAGCUGGCCGCCGGAUUUAAUUUUCAGAUUAAAAAAAGAAAGAAGAAAAAGCAAAAGCCAUUUGUGACUUUUUGCCGAAUGGUAUUUAUGUUAAUCUACCUUUCAAUGCUACAAUUUACCAAAAGGGAUAACAUUUCAAAAAAUCCCUUAAUCAAACCAAACGGUCCCUACGUGCUUUUCUUUCCUUUUCAUCAUCCCAUUUUCCACGCGUCCAUUCUUAUAUGGAUAGCUCGUGUUCUUGUUGUUGCUGGGUCUUCUUGAAUCUCGAUUCUUUUCGCGAUUCUUCUCGAGAUUUUGGGUCCUGGUCAGAUGCUGUUUCUUUUGGGGGUUCUGGAGCUGAGCGAUCUGGCUUUGCCGAAUCAGCCGAUGUUCAAUCACCCGGUCUUCAAGCUCCUCAUGGUCGGCGAUCCUGGCACAGGCAAAACGACUUUUCUGAAGAGACUUCUUCGUAAGGAGUUUGAAGAGAUAUAUGAGCCAACUACUGGCGUCAAAGUCUAUCCUCUGCUUUUCUUCACAAACCGGGGGAUGAUCCGGUUUGACUUCUUGGAUACUCCAGGGCAGGGUCUAAGAGAUGGAUAUUACAUUCCUGGCCAGUGUGCAAUUAUCAUGUUCGAUGUCACUGCUCGAUCAACAUACAUGAAUGUUCCUGGAUGGCAUCGCGAUCUCUGCAGGGUCUGUGAGAAUAUAUCUGUUGUUCUCUGUGGAAACAAGGUAGAUGGGGAGAAUAGGCAAGUUGAAGCAAGGCAGUUUACAUUCGGGCGCAGGAGUAAUUUGCAGUACUAUGAGAUUUCUGCAAGGAACAUGUACAACUUAAAGGAACCCUUCCUCUACCUCGCCAGAAAACUUGUCGGGGAUCCAAAUCUGCACUUUGUUGAGCUUCCUGCUCUUGUCCCUCCGGAAAUGCACAUGGGCUUUCAGGCUUUGCCGAAUCAGCCGAUGUUCAAUCACCCGGGCUUCAAGCUUCUCAUAAUCGGCGAUCCUGGCACAGGCAAAACGACUUUUCUGAAGAGACGUCUUCCUGAGGAGUUUGAAGAGAUAUAUGAGCCAACUACUGGCGUCGAAGUCUAUCCUCUGCAUUUCUUCACAAACCGGGGGAUGAUCCGGUUUGACUGCUGGGAUACUCCAGGGCAGGGUCUAAGAGAUGGAUAUUACAUUCGUGGCCAGUGUGCAAUUAUCAUGUUCGAUGUCACUGCUGGAUCGACAUACAUGAAUGUUCCUGGAUGGCAUCGCGAUCUCUACAGGGUCUGUGAGAAUAUACCUAUUGUUCUCUGUGGAAACAAGGUAGAUGGGGAGAAUAGGCAAGUUGAAGCAAGGCAGUUUACAUUCGGGCGGAGGAAUAAUUUGCAGCACUGUGAAAUUUCUGCAAGGAGCAUGUACAACUUAGAGGAACCCUUCCUCUACCUCGCCAGAGAACUUGUCGGGGAUCCAAAUCUGCACUUUGUUGAGCCUUUUGCUCUUGCUCCUCCGGAAGUGCACAUGGACUUUGAUCCACGGCAGCAGCAUGAGGCGGAACUUGCUGAAGCAGCUCUUCAGCCACUUCCCGAUGGCGCUAGAAAAGCAGUUUCCAGGUUUGGAGACAGCAAUGAGCAUUCGAGACGGCAGGUGGUUUCAGCCUGCAUCCUUGCGAUGUUGGAGUUCUACAUUGGGGAUGGGAGAUGUUUUCACUUUUUUGGUUUUGCUAAAUUACAUAAUUGUUUCCGUUUGAUUUAUCAAAUUGACCUCAAUUUCGGCAAACAUGUAUUGAUAGUUAACAGCAUACAUAUUCUUUUAGACAAUUGCGGUACAUGGAUGCUGUUGAGGGUGUUAAAUAGGCGGGUCGGUUCGAAGAUGGUCCGACCUAAAUUAAUUCAUUUAAUUUGUAUUGAUCCAUUCUUAUGUAAUACAAUUUUGAUAUUUUGUACUUGACCCGAUUUAUAUUGCCGUAAUGCAUCCAUUUAA